UCUUUCCUCAGUUCAUCGCUCACACACAAAAGUCAAGAUCAACCCCUUCCCAGCAAUCCGCUCUGACCCCUUGCCCUUCCCCACGGCCACCACCACUACCGCCUCCUCCACCAUUUCCCCAUCCGGACAUCCCUCGAAAACCAAAACAAACAAUGGGCAAGGGCGGGUCUUUGAGCGACGGCGUCAUUAAAAAGAUCCUUCUCUCCUACUCAUAUGUGGCAAUCUGGAUCUUUCUCAGCUUCACCGUAAUCGUCUACAACAAGUACAUCCUGGACAAGAAGAUGUACAAUUGGCCUUUCCCAAUCUCCCUAACCAUGAUCCACAUGUCCUUUUGUGCCACCCUAGCUUUCCUCCUUAUCAAAGUCUUCAAAGUUGUCGAGCCUGUCUCCAUGUCUCGAGAAGUUUAUCUCUCUUCCGUUGUUCCCAUCGGCGCUCUUUACUCUCUUAGCCUUUGGCUCUCUAACUCCGCUUACAUUUACUUGUCUGUUUCAUUUAUCCAGAUGCUCAAAGCCCUGAUGCCUGUUGCUGUUUAUUCCAUUGGGGUCCUUUUUAAGAAGGAGGGAUUUAAGACUGACACAAUGGUCAACAUGUUGUCCAUCUCUUUUGGGGUUGCCAUUGCAGCUUACGGUGAAGCUAGAUUUGAUACCUGGGGAGUGAUUCUGCAGCUUGGAGCCGUUGCUUUUGAGGCUACCAGGUUGGUCAUGAUCCAAAUCUUGCUUACAUCUAAAGGGAUCACCUUGAACCCGAUUACUUCCCUGUAUUAUGUUGCGCCCUGCUGUUUCGUCUUCUUGUUGGUACCAUGGAUUUUCGUUGAGCUCCCGGUUUUGAGAGAGACAUCUAGUUUCCAUUUCGAUUUCUUUAUUUUCGGGACCAAUUCUUUGUGCGCUUUUGCUCUGAAUCUAGCUGUGUUCUUGCUUGUCGGGAAGACUUCUGCUUUGACCAUGAAUGUAGCUGGGGUGGUGAAGGACUGGUUGUUGAUUGCAUUCUCUUGGUCUGUCAUUAAGGAUACCGUGACACCCAUCAACUUGGUUGGGUAUGGGCUAGCGUUUUUGGGUGUCGCUUACUAUAAUCAUUCCAAGUUACAGGCUUUAAAGGCGAAAGAAGCUCAGAAGAAGACUGCACAGGCCGAUGAGGAAGCUGGGAGGUUGUUGGAAGAAAGGGAAAGCGAAGGAAAUGACAAGAAGAGUGAAUCUCAGAGCUAGAUCACGUCGGUGAUUGGUUUUAGGAUAUAAAAUAUGGGAAGAGAGGUUGCAAAUAAGGGCUAAAGGGAGGGUGAUUUGGAUGAUGAUCGUAAGGGGGUUUGCAUUUAAGGGCAAAAGGAUCACAUUUCUUUUACUACAUCUGCUGUAUUUGGGUUUUGUUAUGUUGUGUUUUUAGGUUUACAUUCCGUAUGUUACUCAUUAUGGCCAUUUCUUAGUAAUACCAGGCAAUUGUGAUUCUCAUAUCGGUGCUAAUUUCACAGGUUAAUAUAUGCUAGUAGAGGAAGAAGGAUCUUAAUGCCCUGUACUUUGUUGUUCUUUAUUUAAAUUUUCUGUCUUUUCUUGGGAUGUUCACAUAUGUUACUGUAGGUACUCCUUCCAUUUGUGGAAUUUUAAUGCAUGAUUUUUCCUU